CGACGUUGGAGGAUCCAGAGGAGAUCACGAGAGCGUUAAUAGAGGCUGCGAGUAAGUUGGACGUCGAGGCGAAGCACUGGAGCGAUUACCUGAAGGUGGAACUGCACGCGCGAAACGCGUUUACGCUCGCGGGAAAGCGGGCCGACGUCGACGCGUUCGAGGGGUUCGGCGAAGGUCUGGAGUGGAUGGACAGCGAAGACCGACGAGAGGACGUUCGAGACGCGGUGCGAUAUUGGGCGGAAGAUUGUGACACCCUCGGUGGGUUUCGCGUCCUGUGCGAUGACUCGAGCGGGUUCGGCGGCGUGUGCGCUCGGGCGUUGGAAGACAUUCGAGACGACUACGAUAACCGCGCCGUGUGUUUUUUUUCCGUUCGUCCACCGGCGAACAAAGAGCGUAAGAGAGUCGACAUGCUCAACGCUGCGUUUGCGUCGACGAGAAUCGCGGAUAUGUGCGACUUGUACUGCCCGCUCGCCGCGUGCGACGACUACCCGACGAUGCCCGGCUUGCGUCGAAACGAGUGGUUUCACGCAUCCGCCGUCGUCGCGCUCGCCGUCGAUGGCAUCACGACGCCGUGGCGUCUGAGUCAGAAUGCGAACGGCGCGGUAAGCAUGGAUGAGAUGGUCCGAUUCAUGACCAAUCGAGCGCCCGGAUCGCACGCCUCCGCGCGCGCGUCUGUGCCCGCGCCGAAUGUUCGCGGCGCCGCCGACGCCGCGGCGCUCGUCGCGUCGGAGCGCUCGAUGACGCCGUCGGUGCGGCCGAGCGACGCCGAAGAUGAGACAGACGACGAACCAUUCGCAGAAUAUUUCAUCUCGAGAGGUCUCGCUCGCGGCGACGCCGCCAUCGCGAACGUCGUCCUCGACGCCGCGUCCUCGCUCGCGCUCUAUCGCUGUCCUCGCCGUCGAUGCGUCGUCGACGCCCACAUCCCCAUCCCUCUACCUUUCCCCAAGCUCUUCCGUCCCCCCGCGCCGAUCUCAUUGGACGCCACGUUCCGUCUCACCACCAGCGCCGCCACCGCUCGCGUCUUAGACGCCACCGCUCGCGAUUACCUUCGCGCCUCCGCCUCCGCCGCCGGCAAAGCCAUCUUGCGCGCGUGGUCGCUCGACGACGCGUGCGAGAGCGCCGAGCUCUUGGAAUCGUUGAGAUCCAAAGCCAGGGCCUACGCCGGCGACGACGGCGAUUUCGCGUGA